AUGGCACAAACCUUAGGAGAUAACACCUUAAGUGUCAAGCAAUCGCUUUUUGCUUUCCAAGAGAGAAGAAGACCAGAACCGCUUCGAACUUUCGCAAUUGGUACUUCGUUUGUGUGUAACUCAUUGAGAACUAAUCCCAUUGAACUCGCAUGCAUUUGGUAUCAAUUUCAUACGAGUAUCCCUCUCACGGGUCAAAAGAACAAGUUUGGAAUAUCAAAAUUAUCGGCAAGAUUCCAGGCACGAGUCGAGGGGAAAGCAUUCGAAGAGAAGUUCUAUCGUAGGACAGACGAAGCAUUAUGGAAUGGAAGACAAGAAGAAGCUAAGUUCGAUAACCUUAAAUUUCAGCCGACCGAAGUUUCAACUGCGUCAGUGAGGACGAAUUUCGGAAGCACGGCGGGGAGACUUGCAGCUUUAAAUCAAGCAUUAACACAAUUUGCACAAAGGCUCGGGACGGGUUUUGAGUCAACCACCAAUCACGUGGCUUGA